GAAAUGGUUAAGGUGAGUGCAUCCUGUAUGUUACAAGUUUCUAUUUCAAUGUCAAAUAAAUUAUAGUGACUCAUAACAACGUUAUUACUUAUAUUUAUCAAUUACAGCAGGAGUGUUUUACAGUUCGUCCUAAAAGUCAGAUUCUAUGUUUUUUUCUCGUUCACGGUUUUGUCUACGCAAAUAACGAAUUUUGUGUCUACUACUUUGUGUCACAUUUCAUUAUUCGAAUGUUAUUCAAAAAAUAAUAGGAUAUAUUGCUAGAAGUUUCAACAUAUUCUCAAAUGAGAUGGUGAAUUUAUAUGAUUGAUUGAUCCAUUUGAAACCAAACAGUGAAGAAACAAUAUGAAGAGACAGCAUAAGCCUGCAAUUACUGACUUGACACAAAACAAAGUCACAGAGACUUCGGUGAAGGACUUUUCAAAAGAAAAUCAGCCAGACAUGAAGAAGAAAUCUGAUUCUUGGUUCUUACGCUUCACAAUCGUUAUAGGAAUGCUAACGUGGAUUGUUGGUGGAGCGAAAGUAGUAUGGACAUCCCCAUCCUUAAUCAAAUUAGAAUCAACUGAUUUGGAAAUCAAUCCUUUAGGCAGACCUAUAACAAGUUCAGAAGUUUCCCUGUUAUUCGGGAUACCAGGCAUGGUGUCUUUACCGGGCUCGGUUAUCUUUCCUAAAUUGGCAGAUAUAUUAGGAAGAAAAAUAUGUAUUAUAGUUAUAGGUUUUAUGAUGAUGAUUAGUCUUUUAGGACUCGCUUUUAGUAACACCAUAGUACUAAUCAUUUUGUUCUCAACAAUAUGUUCUAUAUCUUUCGUUGGAACAUUGGGAGUUCUCCCGAUGUAUCUUACAGAAAUAUGUGAAGAUCAUAACAGAGCUAAAUAUGGUUGUAUAUUAUCUCUCUGUAUUCCUCUUGGACAAUUGUAUGCUUAUGUACUCGGCCCACUAUUACUCAUUAGAGAUUACACGUUAGUCAUAGCUGCACCUUUAUUGCCAUUCAUAUUAUUCUUCUUCUAUGUACCUGAAAGCCCUGUUUAUCUGUUGAGUAAAGGAAGAGAUGAAGAGUGUAGAUUAGCUCUCGAAAAAUUGCGAAGUAACAAAGCUAAAAGUGAGUUGGAAGUUGAUUAUCGUCAUAUGAGUCAGAGCCUAGCUCCAACAGGAGAAAGUAAACCUUUCAAGGUUUUGAAAGUAUUUACCACCAAAGAAGGUAGAUGUGGAUUAUUUUUAAGCUCGUUAGGAAUGGCUGUACAGACGUUUGGAGGCGGGGCCACUUUGUUACCAUUGUUGGCUCCUAUUUAUGAAAAUGCAGAUUCAAAUCUAUCUGGAGAUGCAAUUGCUAUUAUAGUUGAAGCUGUUUCUAUCCUAAGCCUCAUACUAACUGUUUUUAUUAUUGAAAAGGUCGGAAGAAGACCCUUAUUAAUCAUAUCGGCCAUUGGCUGUGGUAUACCUUUAAUUUUUAUGGGAUUAUUUUUCUACUUCCAGCAUGUUGGAUCACAUUUGACUCAACAGUUUCAUUGGGUUCCUCUAACAAGCAUUUUAGUAUAUUUUUUCAUGUAUUUCCUAGGACUAGGCUCUAUUCCAUUCACAAUGGUCAGUUUAUUUUUCAAUAUUGAGCUAAGAUCAACGGGAACUGCAAUUGUAAUAACAUUUAGUUGUUUGUUAUUAACUAUUUUCCAAUCUUCAUUUCCUCUUCUUGCCGAAGCUGCUGGAACCCAUUGGUGCAUGUGGUGUUUUUCUAUUCUCACUUUCAUUGGUGCUGUUCUCAUGUAUAUGUUUCUACCUGAAACAACAGGAAAAAGUGUUGAAGAAAUUCAGAAAAUGUUAUUGGAAUGUUAGCAUUAUUGAUCUAUUGUGCAUAAAUUUAUUUAUUUAUAGCCAUACAAACAUCCA